CUCCCAGGGCAGAGCCCCCAGCCCGGCCAGGCCCCUUCCCGGCCCGGCCCCUGCCCCAGGGGGCCCCGCUCGGAGGGAAGGCUGAGGAAUCACAUCCACCUUUUGCUCCAGAUGGGCCCGUCUUCCAGGAGACAGGGAAGGGAAAUGUCUGUGAUGGAGCCAGCUCAGAUGCUGGUGACCUUCGAGGAGGUGGCUGUGUAUUUCACCCAGGGGCAGGGGGCUCUGCUGGAACCCGCUCAGAGAGCCCUCUACAGGGAUGUCAUGCAGGAGAACUAUGAGACAGUGACCUCACUGGGAUUUCCCAUUCCCAAACCUGAGCUCAUCUCCUGGCUGGAACGAGGGGAAGAGCCGUGGGUGCCCGAUCUCUGGGACUGCAAUGAAAGAAGGCUUCCUAGAUGCACCCAUACAGCAGGCGCUGAGCGAGGGAGUGAGAAUGAGGAGGAGAAUCAUCAUGAGGAAGUUACCGGGGAAGUGGAACUACAGGGGACCUUUGUGGGAAGAGGUGAAGGGAAUUUUUCCCAGUGCUUGGAGCAGGAAGAAGGCUGGGGAAAGUGGCACAGGUCAGAGAGGCUUCUGGAAAACCACGCAGGGAAGAGAGUGGAUGAAUCUAUUAACGGUGCAGGGGGAGACAAGGAUCCCAGAGAGCAGCAGACAAAUCCCAAGGAAGAGACACCCGGACACUACCCUCAGUGUGGGAAAGAAUUCAUUGUGACAUCACAGCUUGUGAAACAUCAGACAAUCUACACUGGAGAGAAACCCCCUCAAUGCUUGGACCAUGGGGAAAGCUUCAAUAAGCUCUCAGAUCUUAAUAACCAUGGGAGAAGCCACACUGGAGAGAGACCCUCUCAAUCUCUCAAGUGGGGGAAAUGUUUCAUUUCGAACACAGAAAUAACCAGACAUCAGUUAAGCCACACAAGGGAGAGACCCCAUAAGUGCUUGGACUGUGGGAAAAGUUUCAUAAGAAAGUCAAACCUUGUUAAACAUCAGGCAAUCCACACAGGAGAGAGACCCCACAAGUGCUUGGACUGUGGGAAAAGUUUCAUACAGAGGUCACACCUAGUUCGUCAUCAGGCAAUCCACACAGGAGAAAGACCCCACAAGUGCUUGGACUGUGGGAAAAGUUUCAAAAGAAGGUCAGACCUUGUUCAACAUCAGGCAAUCCACACAGGAGAGAGACCCCACAAGUGCUUGGACUGUGGGAAAAGUUUCAUACAAAGGUCAGACCUUGUUAAACAUCAGGCAAUCCACACAGGAAAAAGACCCCAGAAGUGCUUGGACUGUGGGAAAAGUUUCAUAAGAAAGUCAAACCUUGUUACACAUCAGGCAAUCCACACAGGAGAGAGACCCCACAAGUGCUUGGACUGUGGGAAAAGUUUCAUAAGAAAGUCACACCUAGUUCAUCAUCAAGCAAUCCACACAGGAGAGAGACCCCACAAGUGCUUGGACUGUGGGAAAAGUUUCAAAAGAAGGUCAGACCUUGUUCAACAUCAGGCAAUCCAUACAGGAGAGAGACCCCACAAGUGCUUGGACUGUGGGAAAAGUUUCAUACAGAGGGCACACCUUGUUCGACAUCAGGCAAUCCACACAGAAGAAAGACCCCACAAGUGCUUUGACUGUGGGAAAAUUUUCAUACAGAGGUCACACCUUGUUCAACAUCAGGCAAUCCACACAGGAGAGAGACCCCACAAGUGCUUGGUCUGUGGGAGAAGUUUCAUAAGAAGGUCACUCCUUGUUUAUCAUCAGGCAUUACACACAGGAGAGAGACCCCACAAGUGCUUGGACUGUGAGAAAAGUUUCAUAACAAGCUCACAACUAGUUCGCCAUCAGGCAAUCCACGCAGGACACAGACCUCACAACUGCUUAGACUGUGGGAAAAGUUUCAUACAAAGGUCCGACAUUGUUAAACAUCAGGCAAUCCACACAGGAGAGAGACCUCACAAGUGCUUGGACUGUGGGAAAAGUUUCACAGAGAGGUCAAACCUUGUUAAACAUCAGGCAUUACACACAGGAGAGAGACCCCACAAAUGCUUGGACUGUGAGAAAAGUUUCAUAAGAAGGUUACAGCUUGUUAAACAUCAGGCAUUACACACAGGAGAGAGACCCCACAAGUGCUUGGAUUAUGGGAAAAGUUUCACAGAGAGGUCAAACCUUGUUCAACAUCAGGCAAUCUACAGAGGAGCAAGAGCCCACAAGUGCUUGGACUGUGGGAAAGGUUACGUACAAAGGUCAGACCUUGUUAAACAUCAGGCAUUACACACAGGAGAGAGACCCCACAAGUGCUUGGACUGUGGGAAAAGUUUUAUAAAGAUGUCACACCUUGUUCAACAUCAGUCAAUCCACACAGGAGAGAAUCCAGAGGUGCUUGGACUGCGGGAAAAGUUUCAUAUAGAGGUCUAGUCUCAUUAAACAUGGAAGAAUCCACACAGGAUCUAAACUUCUGUGACUCAUGGCAAAAAAGGGUUAAGCAACUUGUAUGUAAUUGACUCAGGGUCAACAUUUAGAGAGAGAUUUUAACAGUGUGUCGACCUUAGAUAAGCUAGAGUUUGAAAUGUAAAUGUGUAUUUUUAAAGAGUUGGAAGAAGAGGGCAAAUCAUGUCUGAGUAACCUAAUUGCCUUCUAUGACGAGAUAACUGGUUCUGUGGAUGAGGGGAGAGCAGUGGAUGUGUUAUUCCUUGAUUUUAGCAAAACAUCUGAUAUGAUCUCCUAAAGUAUUCUUGCCAGCAAGUUAAAGAAGUAUGGGCUGGAUGAAUGGACCAUAAAGUGGAUAGAAAGCUGGCUAGAUCAUCGGGUUCAAUGGGUAGUGAUCAAUGGCUCCAUGUUUAGUUGGCAGCCGGUAUCAAGUGUGUGUCCCAGGGGUUGGUCCUGGGGCCAGUUUUGUUCAGUAUCUUCAAUAAUGAUCUGGAGGAUGACGUGGACUGCACCCUCAGCAAGUUUGCAGAUGACACUAAACUGGGAGGAGUGGUAGAUACGCUGGAGGGUGGGGAUAUGAUACAGAGGGACAUAGACAAAUUAGAGGAUUGGGCCAAAAUAAAUCUGAUGAGGUUCAACAAGGACAAGUGGAGAGUCCUGCACUUAGGAUGAAAGAAUCCCAUUCACUGCUACAGACUAGGGACCGAAUGGCUAGAUAGCAGUUCUGCAGAAAAGGACUAAGGGUUUACGGUGGAUGAGAAACUGGAUAUAUUAACAGUGUGCCUUUGUUGCCGAGAAGGCUAACGGCAUUUUAGGCUGUACAAGUAGGGGCGUUGCCAGCAGAUCGAGGGACGUGAUCGUUCCCUUCUAUUCAACAUUGGUGAGGCCUCAUCUGGAGUACUGUGUCCAGUUUGGGCCCCAAACUACAAGAAGGAUGUGGAAAAAUUGGAAAGAGUCCAGCGGAGGGCAACAAAAAUGAUUAGGGGGCUGGAGCACAUGACUUAGAAGGAGAGGCUGAAAGAACGGGGAUUGUUCACUCUAUAGAAGAGAAGAAUGAUGGGGGAUUUGGUAGCAGCUUUCAACUACCUGAAAGGGGCUUCCAAAGAGGAUGGAUCUAGACUCUUCUCAGUGGUACCAGAUGACAGAAAAAGGAGUAAUGGUCUCCAGUUGCAGUGGGGAAAGUUUAGGUUGGAUAUGAGGAAACACUAUUUCAUUAGGAGGGUGGUGAAGCCUUGGAAUGGGUUAUCUAGGGAGGUGGUGGAAUCUCCUUCCUUAGAGGUUUUUAGGGUCAGGCUUGACAAAGCCCUGGCUGGGAUGAUUUAGUUGGGGAUUGGUCCUGCUUUAAGCAGGGGUUGGACUAGAUGACCUCCGGAGUUCCCUUCCAAACCUGAUAUUCUAUGAUUCUAAGAGGGGUAACUGUAGUAGUCUAUGUUUAGCUAUCCAAAGGGUUCCUGUAUUCUGUUAUUUCAGGGAUCAAUAAUUCAGCCAUUAUAACCGUCGCCCGUGCCACCUGCCCUAUUCUAGCUCAGUCUCAUUGAAUUCGCUGGGGGUAGGGGCUGAAGGAUGGAGGGAAUGUUUAUAGCUGAAAUCACCAAAAUGUGUUUUACAAGGUUAAUGUUAAUCGGAUCUGUUCCUCUCACCUGCUCGGACAUUCUCUCUGGGGAUCCCGGAGUCGGAAAGGAGCUGGUGUUACCUUCUUGGCUACCAAUCCCCACGGUGACUCUCUACACUAGCAAUUCUCCAAAUGUGGGCAGAGCCUCCCAAUGAAGGCACAGGAAUGAGUCAGGGGAGGCGUGAACAGUGUGGGUUGUUUGUUUGUUUUUUAAAGAGCACUGGCUGUCGGCCCCAGUUGGCUGGGGCUCAUGAAGAAGGAACAGGCCUAGCUGGGAGUUGUGGAUCAAUGCUCAGGCUCUCAAACCCAGGUGCA